GAAGUCGCCUGAGGAGCCACUUGCCUGCUCUCCGGGGAUCCAAGGUGAAUUCCUACAAACCAAGAUCCGGGAACUUCUCUGCGGGACGCUGCCAGCCCGGUGCGAGGAACAGAGCUUGAAGCCGUCGCCCACUCCUAACUUAGGAAAGGAACUCGUCGCCAGCCAGGUGGGCUCCCCGGGCCCCGGGGACACAGGGGAUGGAUGCUCCAGGGCAUCUCCCGGGCAUCCUUUGCAGCCGGCCACCCCUCCCCCUUCCCCCGCAGGCUUUUGCACACGACGCGUGGCAGGCCGCUUCACACGGGGUGGCAAGGGCCGGAUAAAGCGCUCGGCGCGCGGAGUCGAGGCUGGAACAGCGCGGCAGCGGGACGGUCCCAGCGCGGGCCCCGGCGCAGCCCGGUCAGGGGCGGCGGCACGACAGAGCUGGUGUGCCGUGUGCGGUGUGCGAGGGGCGAGCGAGGGGCGACGGGAGAGGGACGCAGGGCUUUCCCAGAAGGUGAGACGCUUCCUUGCCGCGAGCGUCUGGCGCGCAGCUUCCAAGGUUCACUCCGCUGGGCAGCCGCGCGCGGCGUCCCGACCCAGAGCGGGGCAUGUGGGGCCGCAUGAAGGCCACGGAUAAGCAGCAUCUGUUGGACGCCAGGCCCGGAGCCCGGUCUUACGCGGGGCCUCCGUGGCAGGAUGGCCCUGCCUGGAUUUCUGUGUCCCCACCCGACCCCAAGUUGCCAUCCAUCGAGCUGGCCGCGGAGAGCAACCAUUACUGUCACGCGGGGAAGGGUCCUGGCGGUCACUGUGACCCCAAGAAGGAGCGGGCCUGCCGCCAGCUCUACGUGGCCUCUGCCAUCUGCCUGAUGUUCAUGAUCGGAGAAAUCAUUGGUGGGUACCUGGCACACAGCUUGGCGAUCAUGACCGACGCCGCCCAUCUGCUCACUGACUUUGCCAGCAUGCUCAUUAGCCUCUUCUCGCUCUGGAUGUCCUCCCGGCCAGCCACCAAGACCAUGAACUUCGGCUGGCAGCGAGCUGAGAUCCUGGGAGCCCUGCUCUCUGUGCUGUCCAUCUGGGUCAUGACUGGGGUGCUGGUGUACCUGGCAGUGAAGCGGCUGAUCUCCGGGGACUAUGAGAUCGAGGGGAGGACCAUGCUGAUAACGGCGGGCUGUGCCGUGGCCGUGAACGUCAUAAUGGGGCUGACUCUUCACCAGUCUGGCCACGGGCACAGCCACAACCACGGGCAGAGCCAUGACACCAGCCAGCAGCAGGGGAACCCCAGUGUCCGGGCUGCCUUUAUCCACGUGAUAGGAGACUUGCUGCAGAGCGUGGGCAUCCUGGUGGCGGCCUAUAUUUUAUACUUCAAGCCGGAGUACAAGUUUGUGGACCCCAUCUGCACCUUCCUCUUUUCCAUCCUGGUCCUGGGGACGACCUUGACCAUCCUGAGAGACGUGAUCCUGGUGCUAAUGGAAGGGACACCCAAGGGCGUGGACUUCACGGCUGUUCGGGACCUGCUGCUGGCGGUGGAGGGCGUGGAAGCCUUGCACAGCCUGCACAUCUGGGCGCUGACUGUGGCGCAGCCCGUGCUGUCUGUCCACAUUGCCAUCGCUCACAACACAGAUGCCCAGGCUGUGCUGAAGGCAGCCAGCGCCCGCCUACAGAGGCAGUUCCACUUCCACACCAUAACCAUCCAGAUCGAGGACUACUCCGAGGACAUGAAGGACUGUCAGGCGUGCCAGGGUCCAUCGGACUGACUGCCUAGCCAGGUGCCAACUGGAGCACGGACAGGACCUACAAAUGGCGGGGCCCAGUGUCCCUCAAGCCCAGCCAGGACUCUGUUUACCUUGGCUGUUAAAGCCAGAUCCCUCUCCUGAUCGUAGCUCCACAUUCAGUGUGGGGGAACCGUGCCCACAGCAGGAGCGAGGCUCUUCCCCUGCCUCUCCCAUCUGACUGCAGCCAGCCCCAUGAUGGGAAGUCAGCCAGUGUAAAGCUAGUAAAACCCGACUCCUCCGGCUCCUGGGUCAGCUCCUGUUGGGCCUGGGUUUGGGCCUAAUCCUCAGCCAAUGCUGUCCUACCAACCACCAGCCUCAGGGAAAGGCGGUGAGUACAGUGAGGGGUGCUGGAGGGGAGCCUGGCCUCAACAUCCCCUGCCUACACACCCCGUUUCCCUUUUUCAAUCUGUCUUGCCUUUGCCCUAUGGAUCCAUAAGGAAGCCCGUGGACAGGGCCCCCUCCCUCUUCUGCCUCUAACAGUGAUCUGGUUUAAGGAGGCCACGGGGCCUGGGGAGUUGGGAGACAGGCUAGUGAGCCAGGGCAAGUGGAACAGGGAAACUGAGGCAGAGUUACAUGGCCAGGCCAUUUAUAGCCAUCUAGUAAAUCACAAAAUUCUAUCUUCCCCAACCAAGGAUGCCUAAGAGUAAAUGGUUUAUACUUCUUCCCAAUCAGAGAGUAAAUAUGUAACUUAAAUCACCCUACUCGGGGAGAUAGAUAACAAAAGUCCAAUUAGUGCCAUUUGUGCCAACCACACGCACGGAUGGAUGAAGUCAGGGAAUCAAUCUCAUUUUGGUACACCAGCAUAGAGCUGAUGGAUAGUCUA